CCCGCGCCUGCUCACUUGGAGCUGAGGGUGCCUCUGAAGUCUUCUUACCCCAGCUGCUGCUGCCCUCCCUGGUGGCUGCCUCAAACAAAUCCUCUGUGGCUGGGUACGGCUUUGCAGACAAAUAUCUUAACGCCUUUGUGGGUUCUGCUUUGCACUGCUUUUUACGUGGGCAAAUCUGGAGCGGCAAGUAUUUGCAGCUCUACUGCUCUACUUCCUGAGAGGUAGGAGGAGGCUGAGGCCAGCGUAGAGUUCGGCCUGACUUGGGUCGGGCAGACACCAUCUUACCCGGAUGUUGCGAUGGCUGAUCGGGGGAAGCCGAGAACCUCAGGGACUGGCAGAGAAAUCUCCUUUACAGACGAUAGGUGAAGAACAAACCCAGAACCCCUACACUGAACUGCUUGUACUGAAAACUCAUCAUGAUAUUGUACGAUUCCUGGUACAGUUAGAUGACUACAGAUUUGCAUCUGCUGGUGAUGAUGGACUUGUAGUUGUAUGGAAUGCCCAGACAGGAGAAAAACUUCUGGAACUCAAUGGACACACUCAAAAGAUAACAGCUAUUACUACAUUUCCUUCCUUGGAAGCAUCUGAAGAAAAAAAUCAGCUUAUCUUGACAGCCUCUGCUGAUAGAACAGUUAUUGUAUGGAAUUGUGAUACUGGCAGACAGAUUCAGAAAGUAUCGUGCUUCCAGUCGACUGUAAAGUGUUUAACUGUUCUUCAGAGACUAGAUGUUUGGCUCUCUGGUGGGAAUGACCUGUGUGUGUGGAAUCGAAGAUUAGAUCUCCUGUGUAAGACUGGUCACCUUUCUGAUACAGGGAUCAGUGCUUUAAUUGAAAUACCUAAGAAUUGUGUUGUGGCAGCAGUUGGCAAAGAACUGAUAAUUUUCAGGUUGAUAGCACCCACAGAAGGAUCACUAGAGUGGGACAUUGUUGAAGUUAAGCACCUCCUUGAUCACCAGGAUAAUAUUCUCUCAUUGGCUAAUGUCAAUGAUUUGAGUUUCGUGACUGGCUCCCAUGUCGGAGAGCUGAUCAUCUGGGACAUUCUGGACUGGACCGUGCAGGCCUGUGAGCGCAACUUCUGGAACCCGCCUCCACAGCUGGACAGCCAGCAAGAAAUAAAACUCUGUCAAAAACCAAAUGACGUUUCUAUUCAUCAUUUCACAUGGGAUGAAGAGAAUGUAUUUGUUGCAGUUGGAAGGGGUUUAUACGUGUAUAACCUUCAAAUGAAGCGUGUGAUUGCCUGCCAGAAAACUGCACAUGACUCCAGUGUCCUACACAUUGCCAAACUUCCAAACAGGCAGUUAAUCUCAUGCUCAGAAGAUGGCAGUGUACGCAUUUGGGAGUUACGUGAAAAACAGCAGCUUGCAGCUGAACCUGUACCAACAGGUUUCUUUAACAUGUGGGGAUUUGGACGAGUGAACAAACAAGCCAGCCAACCUGUUAAAAAGCAACAAGAAAAUGCCACUUCAUGUUUACUAGAACUUAUUGGAGAUUUGAUUGGACACUCAUCAUCUGUAGAGAUGUUUCUAUACUUUGAAGAUCAUGGACUAGUGACAUGCUCUGCUGAUCAUCUCAUUAUUUUGUGGAAAAAUGGAGAACGAGAAUCUGGAUUGCGCAGUUUAAAAUUAUUUCAAAAAUUAGAGGAGAAUGGUGACUUGUAUCUUGCUGUCUAGUUUAGGGGAUUUGGAACACAUGUGCAUGAACUUUGAACAUCAAAUAUAGGGUAAUACUCUGAAAACCAUUAACAUGUUGAUCACUUAAUGUGUAAUAUAUAUUUUUGUCACUUUAUAAAUUUC